AUGCAGGACUGCCGCCCAGGGAGACCACUAUCUUGGAAGAGCUCGUACUGUUUAACCCGCGACCGUGGGCUGGUCCAGGCCGUCCCCCCCGCGGCCGGGACAGCUGGUACCGCCCGGAUCUCCGCCCACCGCCCAGAGCGAAUGGGAGCUGCUUCCUGUACGUCAGCUCCGCCCCCACGCCCUCAGCCCCGUCCCUCCUCGGGCCCGCAGCCCCACCCCGCCCCCACGCACGUAGCCACGCCCCUCCCCCGCAGCCCCGCCCCGCCUCGCGCCCGCAGCUCCGCCCCCACGUCUGCAGCCCCGCCCUGCCUCGGGACCGCCGUCCCACGGCCCCGCCCCCUCCCUCGCAGCCCCGCCCCCACGCUCGCAGCCCCGCCCGCGCCCCCCGCCCCCCGCCCCCCGCCCGCGCCCCCCGCCCCCCGCCCGCAGCUCUUCCCUAUCCCCGCGCGCGGCGGGAGCACCUGGGGAGGAGAGUCCUGGCGUCGCCUGCUACCAGCGCCGAGUUCCUCUGACCAAACACUGCCGGAGCCCUCCGUGAGCCGGCUAUUCCAGCCCAGCCCCGCGUCCGCCCGUCCCGCAGCAGGCGCGGUGAAUCGUGCGCGCUGGCGGACGAGGCGGGCUCGGCAGGACGCUGCUGUGCCGUCCCGUGUGGAUUUGGCUCCAGGUCGUCCUGAGGAUGCCGCGCAGAAGCCGUCUGGGCCUCGGGACGCAGGCCUGCGUGGCUGCAGCGCACCAGGGGAGGCUCCGGGGAUCCCGAGCAGGUGCGGACUCGCGAGACCCCCUGGCCGCUCUGCGGGGAGCGCUGGGGAGGCGUCCCGAGCGGGCGCCAGAGACCCGCGGGCUCCCCGUGCAGGGGCUGCCUGGGCUGGGGCCCGGGUGGGUCUGCGCAGGUGUGGGAAGUGCCCGCUCCCGGUAGAUGCUGAAGGCGGAGUUGCCAGGAUUUGCUGCGGACUUUUGGAGAAAUGAGGCGGGGAAGGACGAGCUUGAGAACCGACGCCGGAGAGACGGGGAAGACGGGGGAGGCCUGAGCGCGGGCUGGCAUGGCUGGGGAGGUUGUGCACUGCCCGAGGAUGCUCACUGAGGAGCGUGUUCACGUCUCAUCGUGGGUGUCUGUGUUUAUUAUGACAACUACCAGCAGCCCCCGAGGAGCAGCGACAGAUGGAGGUCGGGGGCUCUAAGCUGAACACAGGCGGUCGGUCCUCCUUCCCAGGAGCCUCAGCGUGUGUGUCCGCAGGUGCCCCUUUAUCUAGCGCCCUUGGGGGAAUGGGACGUGUCAGAGGAGAUGCAGUGGGCAGAGGCUGCACUGGAUGAAGAGAACUAUGUGGGAAUCGCAUGUGGGGUGUGGCUGGGGACCAAUGCCUGAACCCUGGGACUCCAACUUGAAGAGGUUUGGAAUCUGCAAAGGAGACUAGGAAGGGGCACAGGGGUGCUAGGGGUGGGGGCUGGAGGACAAACCAGGAGAGGGGCUUCUGGAAGCCAGAGAGGGCAUGCACACACAUGCGGGGGAGGGAGCCUGGGUGCAGCAGGGUGGGUCACUGCGACUCACCGAGGGCCAGCAGCGCUGGGGCCAGGGGCUGGAGUUUGGAGAGUGAGCAGAGAGCACGCAGGGGCUGUGAACACCAACUUCUCUUUCAGGUCAAUUUGCUGCAAAGGGGAAGGUAAAGGUGGAGGUAACUAAGGAGCAGGGCAAGAGAGGGGUGUGGUUUUCUGUAGGGUCCAGCCCUGUGGGGGCUUAGCGGGUGUUCUCCCCGUGUGCAGAGACCAGAGAUUGUAAUAAAGACACGAGAUAAAGAGCAGCUGGGCCCCGGGGGGCCACUACCAUCAAGACGUGGAGACCGGUAGUGGCCCUGAGUGCCUGGGUGCACUGAUAUUUAUUGCAUACAAGACAAGGGGGCAGGGUAAGGAGGAUGAAUCUUCUAAGUGAUAAAGUGAAGCAAGUCACGUGAUCAUAGGACAGGGGGCCCUUCCCUCUUAGGCAGCCGAAGCAAAGAGAGAAGGCAGCAUAUGUCAGCAUUUUCUUCUCUGCACUUAUAAGAACGAUCAAAGACUUUAAGACUUUCACUAUUUCUUCUACCGCUAUCUACUACGAACUUCAAAGAGGAACCAGGAGUACGGGAGGAGCAUGAAAGUGGACAAGGAGUGUGAUCAUUGAAGCACCACAGGGAGGGGUUAGGCCUCCGGAUGACUGCAGGCCAGGCCUGGAGAAUAUCCAGCCUCCCACAAGAAGCUGGUGGAGCAGAGUGUUCCCUGACUUCUCCAAGGAAAGGAGACUCCCUUUCACGGUCUGCUAAGUAACAGGUGCCUUCCCAGGCACUGGCGUUACCGCUUAACCAAGGAGCCCUCAAGCGGCCCUUAUGUUGGCGUGACAGAGGGCUCACCUCUUGCCUUCUAGGUCACUUCUCACAAUGUCCCUUCAGCACCUGACCCUAUACCUGCCGGUUAUUCCUAGGUUAUAUUAGUAAUGCCACAAAGAGUAAUAUUAAAAGCUAAUGACUAAUAUUUAUAAUAA